CGUCGUUGUGGAAACAACCUGGCUAAGGUUAUGUUCAUCGUUGCUCAUAAUUUGAAGGAGCAGCACAAAAAUGGUGCACACUGCAUACGAUUCUCGCGAAUUGCUCAAUGAUUGUCCGAAGAAGAUCAAUGCCGUCGAAUACUACGGCGCAAAGCUACUACUCGCUUGCUCCGACGGAUCUCUACAAAUCUAUGGUUCAGAAUCCGCCAAUCGAUCUUCCUCAUCCGAUCGCCUCUAUCAAACGCUGGAACUCAAGAAGGAACUGUACGUGCUUGAAAGAAACGUCAAUGGAUUCUCGAAGAAACAGGUGUGGUCAAUGGAGCUAUUGGCGUCAAGAGAGCUUUUGCUGUCUCUAUCUGAGUCAAUUGCGAUCCAUAGGUUACCCAAUUUGGAGCCGGUAACGGUGAUUUCGAAGGCAAAAGGAGCCAGUGCAUAUUCAUGGGAAGAUCGCAGAGGGUUCUUGUGCUUCGCUAGGCAAAAGAGAGUUUGCAUUUUCAGACACGAUGGAGUGAGGGGAUUCGUGGAGGUGAAAGAAUUUGGUGUUCCAGAUACAGUCAGAUCAAUGUCUUGGUGUGGGGAAAACAUAUGUGUGGGAGUUAGAAGAGAAUACACGAUACUGAAUGCCACAAAUGGUGCACUAUACGAGAUCUUCCCAUGGGGGAGGAUUGCUCCACCUGUAAUGGUGCCUCUUCCAUCCGGAGAACUUCUUCUAGGGAAGGAUAACCUUGGUGUGCUUGUAGAUCAAAAUGGUAAGCUCAUUCAGGAAGGCAGAAUUUGUUGGUCUGAGCCACCCUCAAGAGUUGUCAUUCAGAAACCCUAUGUUAUUGCACUUUUACCAAAACACAUUGAGAUACGAUCUUUGAGAGUCCCUUAUCCACUGAUACAAACUAUUGUUCUACGCAAUGUACGCCAUAUUCAACAAGGAAAUAAUGGGAUUAUCGUUUCCUUAGAAAGAUGUUUAUUUGGAUUGUUCCCUGUUCCUCUUGGUGCACAGAUUGUACAACUGACAGCAUCUGGAAACUUUGAAGAAGCUUUAGUAUUAUGUAAGAUGCUUCCACCAGAAGAUUCAAGUCUACGAGCCUCAAAGGAGCAAUCAAUUCAUAUCAGAUAUGCACACUAUCUGUUUGAAAACGAUAGCUAUGAAGAAGCCAUGUAUCAUUUUGCAGCAUCCCAAGUGGAAAUAACCUAUGUGCUUUCUUUAUAUCCAUCUAUUGUUCUUCCCAAACCAGUUGACAAAAGUACUGAUGUUAGUGGGGAGUCGACCUUAUCAAGAGUCAACUCUGGUACAACUGAAUACUAUACAGACAGUUCUCCAAGUUCUCAAAUCAGUCAAAUGGAAUCUGAUGACAUUCCUGCUCUUGAACCCAAGAAAAUGAACCACAAUACUCUAACAGCUCUCAUAAAAUAUUUGAAAAAAAAGAGGCCCAACAUUGUUGGAAAGGCGGCUGCUGAAGGCACAGAGGAAGUUGUUUCAGAUGCUGUGGGCCAGACUACACGUUCCAAGAAAUCAAACAAGGGACGAGUUAAUAUUCCUACUGAUUCUGGUGCUAGAGAGAUAGCAGGAAUAUGUGACACUGCACUUCUGCAAGCUUUACUUUUGACUGGUCAAAUUGUUGCUGUUUUGGAAUUACUCAAGGGUUUUAACUACUGUGAUAUGAAGAUAUGUGAGGAGCUGUUGCAGAAAGGAAAUCAUGAUGUUUGUUUGUUAGGGCUUUAUAAAUACAACUCAAUGCAUCGUGAAGCUCUUAAACUUCUUCAUGAAUUAGUGGAGGAUUCCAAAUUAGAACAACCCAAAAUCACCACCAAGAAUAAGUUCAAACCUGAGAUGAUAAUCGACUAUCUCAAACCUUUAUGUGGGAUUGAUCAUAUGCUUGUGUUAGAAUUCUCAACAUUUGUUCUUGAAAGUUGUCCUACAAAAACAAUUGAGCUUUUUCUAUCAGGAAAUAUCCCUGCAGAUUUGGUUAAUUCUUACCUAAAACAACAUGCUCCUACAUUACGUGCCACAUAUUUGGAACAAAUGCUCUCAAUGAAUGAAGAUGGAAUCUCACCACAUCUUCAAAAUGAAAUGGUGCAAAUUUAUCUUUCAGAAGUGCUUGAUUGGCAUGCUGACCUCACUGCUCAAAACAAGUGGGAUGAAAAACUGUAUAUUCCACCAAGGAGAAAACUCAUAACUGCAUUACAGGGUAUUUCAGAAUAUAAUCCUGAAGCUUUUUUAAAAAGAAUCCCACCAGAUGCUUUAUAUGAAGAAAGGGCAAUCUUAUUAGGAAAAAUGAAUCAGCAUGAACUCGCAUUAUCCAUAUACGUUCAUAAGCUUCAUGUUCCUGAAUCGGCCCUAUCGUAUUGCGAUCGAGUAUACGAGUUGGGAGGAGCUCAUCAACAAUAUGGAAAAGCUCAAGGAAACAUAUACUUAACUUUAAUGCAAGUUUACAUGAACCCUAGAAAAACAACGAAAAACAUCGAAAAAAGGAUCACGAAUUUGGUGACUUCAUCGAGCACUGGUAAUUUGAAGAGUGCUUGGUCAUCAGUUAGGGGUAAAGGAAAAGGGUUAGGUAAGAAGAUUGUAGAGAUAGAAAGCGCGGAAGAUUCUAGAAUGAAAGCAAGUAGUGGUGAAUCUGGGAGAAGUGAUUAUGAUACAGAUGAUGUUAUUGAGGAAAGAAGCUCAACAGUUAUGCUUGAUGAAGUGCUGGAUGUAUUAAGUCAGAGGUGGGACCGGCUUCAUGGAGCGAAAACUGUUAGACUCUUGCCUAAAGAGACUAAGCUACAGAGGUUGUUUCCAUCUCUGGGACCACUCAUGAAGAAGACGAGUGAAUCAUGUCGGAAUUUUCAAGUGAUCAAGAGUUUGAGACAAUGUGAGAACCUACAGGUUAAAGACGAUCUGUAUAAGCAAAGAAAAGGAGAAUUGAAGAUCACGGGUGAUAGUGUAUGUUCCCUUUGCAAUAAAAAGAUUGGAACGAGUGUUUUUGCAGUGUAUCCGAAUGGAAACACCAUUGUCCACUUUGUUUGUUUUCGUGACUCGCAGAACAUGAAAGCCACCAGAAAAGGAUCCUUUUUAAGGAAGCGAUAAAAACAUGUUUUUUUCAACUCCAGAUCAUUGCCUAAUUCAAUAAGUUAAACGUCCAACAGGCUAAAGGCACUAUAUAUAUAUGGUUAAUAAUAUGUUUCUUUCAUGUUCUAAUCGAGAUUCAGUUUUGUCGGGGUUUUUUUUAACACAAUAAGCUUGUGAAUUUGUAUCUAAUUUAUGCAAUAUUCUUUAUGCAUUUUUUUAAUUUUUGCAACAAGAUGGUUUAUUUUAGGACCAAAAUGUGUAAUACAUGUAAACUAUGUUAACUGGUUGGAACCAGGUGGACAUAUAUAUGGUUAAGUUCAAAUGAGAACACUUUUUAAUGUGAGAA